CAAAGCCGCAUCAUCAUCGGACAGCCAGCAGCAGCUUAAAGACGGCUGUUUUCUUUGCAUUUAUUCGAUCGUCAGUUUCUUACGGUUCAAUUAGUAUAGAAAAUACGAGUUCCAACUUUGAUUAGAGAAUCAGUACAUUUCGGAAAAGUAAAACCUAUUUUGAACGCUUCCGAUACGCAGAGAGACGGAUACCCGAACCGGAACAAUAGCUUAGCGUAAAAUGGCAUCGAUUGGCAGUCGAAGGACGUUGUUGGGAAACAAGGCUAGCCUGGCGAUCUGCACCUUGGUCCUGUUGACUUACGGUGUCCGUGACAGUCUUCAGCAGUACGAAGCUAACGAUUAUAUGAAACGAGAGCACUCCCUUAUCAAACCAUACCAGGGAUCCGGAAUGACGAUUCCCUACUGGGACUUCAUAGGAUCGACCUUCGUCACGAACAGCUACGUUCGCCUUACUCCGGAUCUACAAUCGAAGAGUGGAGCCAUCUGGAACCACAUGGCAUGUACCUCCAUCAACUGGGAACUUCACGUGACGUUCAAGGUGCACGGCAAGGGCAAGGACCUGUACGGUGAUGGGUUUGCCAUCUGGUACGCCAAGGAACGGCUGCAGACGGGUCCUGUAUUCGGCAGCAAAGAUUACUUCCAGGGAUUGGCCAUCAUCCUGGAUACCUACAGCAAUCACAACGGGCCACACAAUCAUCAGCACCCGUACAUAAGCGCUAUGGUCAAUAACGGAAGCCUGUCGUACGAUCACGAUCGUGAUGGAACCCACACUCAGCUGGCAGGUUGCGAGGCAAAAUUCAGGAACGUCGACUACGACACGAUGAUUUCGAUACGUUACGAAAAUGACGUUCUCACAGUUUCAACCGAUUUGGAAAACAAAAACGUCCUCAAGCAGUGCUUCCAAGUGACCGGAAUCAAACUGCCAACGGGAUAUCACUUUGGCGUUUCGGCUAACACCGGUGAUCUGUCGGACAAUCACGACCUGCUUGCGAUCAAGUUUUACGAACUGGAAGCUCCGUCUCUGCUGUCGGAAGAUCGCAGCCAAAUCGUACCGUCGGCGGCCACCUUCGAGGCACCCCGGGAACACCGGGAAGAUCCGAAAACGUCCGGCAUGUCGAACGUGAAAAUCUUCUUCUUGAUCCUGCUGGCCAUGCUGAUAGUGGUGGUGCUGGUCGUAAUUGGAAUCAUGUUCUACCAGAAGCAUCAGGAAAAUUCCCGCAAACGGUUCUACUGAAAGUUUCGCAGCGAUACUAGCUACCAAACUCGAUUCAAUGGGAACAGCUUUACAUUAGGAUCAAAUUUUCGAUAACGGAGAUUAUCACGAGCUAGCGAAUUUUUGUACCUUUUCAUUUCCCACAAUUGGUGUCGUAGUUUGGCUGAAAUUUAUCUGUCUAAAAAGAUAUAUAUGACAGCGGGUUAAUACGUUGGAAAGUAGGAGCAAAACGAUUUCAUACAAAGAACAAUUUUCGCGAAUCUGGAAAUCUUUUUGGUGUUGUUUUCGUUCUAUUAAAAACCGUGGUGAUGGUACGGAAGUGUUUCAGACUGGAAAUAAUAGCUUGUAAGAACUUCUAGUCUUUGUGUGCGCGGAAGAGGAAUAAUCUCUUGCCAGUUUAUUCCAUGUCAUCAAUUAAGUUAAGUUGGAAAUUUUCUUCAUGGUUUUCGUGUAGGAUGGAUAAAUUAUUUCACGCAAAUGUAAGACCGGUAAAAGUGAUUUGGCGGUUAAAGGUCACAUUUUGAAAACGAAAAAUUCAAUGACGCGUUAAUAAGAGACGAUAUAUAAUGAACGAUAUUUUUCUCUCUCCUAGCCAAUAUACUAAAAAACAAAGCCUCCAAA